UACUUGGGGCACAGCAAGUUCCCAAUACAAGUAAUAAUCAAGGGAACUCUCCAACUUCGCUACAGCCGAGGUUUUCCGAUCUCGGCGGCAUGGGAUUCCCUAACUUUGGCUCGGGAAGAUUCGGAAAUCCGACAAGUAAUUAUCCAACGAAUUCCUUUUUCCCUUUCGGAAAUCAGAAUAACAAUAGGCAGCGGCCUCAACAGUCUGGUUUUGGUUAUAAUCCAAAUCAAGGAAAUUAUCAAAAUAGACCGAAUCAAGGUUACCCAGGUCAACAGGGUUAUCAAAAUCAACCAGACUAUCCGUACCAGGGUGAUAUGAAUCCUGGGUCAAAUUAUCAGCAGUAUCCUAAUCAGAACAGACCAACACAAGAAGGAUAUCCAAAUCAAAACAGUUUUCCAUAUCAAGGAGACAGUAGUGACCGAUACCCAAAUUAUCAACGGCCAUCUUACACAAACAGACCAGACGAAGGAUUAAUGAUGUAUCCGGACGACAUAAGAAGACCUUAUCAAAAUGGAGGAAUGUCUUCAAACCCUGAAGGAAACUUUAAUCGACCAGGGUCUGGAAAUUCGUACCAAUAUCCGCAAGACAAUCAAUAUCCUUCUCAAGGAAAUUUCCAAGGCAACCCCAACAGUCAAAAUUAUAGACCAGGUCAAACGAACAACAAUUUUAGGCCAGACGACUUAGGUAAUUUACCUAAUACCAAUGAACAGUUACCAAACGGUGCCUACGGGUAUCAACCUAACCAAUAUUACCCAUCAGCAAAUCAAAACUUCAGACCUAACAACAAUUUCCAGUCUUUUCCGACAAAUAAUAAUGUAAAUCCCAACGUACAAUAUCCAACGAGCAAUCCGGGGGGUUUUAAGCCAAAUCCUGGAACAAUGCAGUAUCCUAUUGCAGCAGGGAACGGGAAUCCGAAUUUUAAUAGUAACACACAGUUCCCUUCGAAUAGCAUAGGAGGAACGAACGCCAAUCCAGGAAUGGCUCAGUAUCCCAAUUCAGGAGGUUCUGGGUUUCCAGGAAAUGAGAACAAUACACCUCAAACCCGACCACAAAUAUCCAACGGUCAAGGAAAUAACCCAAGCAAUAAUGACACAGCCGCCAUUUUGGGAAAACCGGUGAUAGUACCACCUACCACAUCGCCGGGGCAAGCUGUGCUUGAUAAUAGUACAGCUGCAACUCAGAAACAAUGUGUUCAAGACUGCCCGUCCACAUCAGAGUAUGAUCCUAUCUGUGGGAGUGAUAACGUCACGUAUAUGAAUCCUGGAAGGUUUGAUUGUGCAAAAAAGUGUGGUGUGGCUGUAUCCCUGUAUCAGAGGGGCCGCUGUCCUAGCGAUGGUUUGAGCAACACCCUGGAGCAAUAAUAACGUAAAUAAAAACACAAAAAUAAUGACAUCCGACGAUGUUAUGAUAUUAAGUUCAACUAUGGAAAUAUUAAAAAAAACUGGAGCAUCAAAGUUUUUUAGAGCUGUAUUCA